UUGACUCGUUUGUGCGGAGAGCCCCAGCCGACUUGACUGCCAAGCCGUUGGCUUUGUACAGUAAAAGCAGAGUAAAAGGCAUGAUUAUGAUUAGCCCUUAAUCAUGGGUUUCGUGAAAGAAUGCUGGUGUGAGACGUACAAAAGGGAAGAGCAUUUGCAGGCUGUAUGAUUGAAAAUCAGGAAAAAAAGGAGGCGAUUUUGGUGGUAAAAUAGAAGGGGACCAACAUCAAUUGUCCUCGCACUGACAGAUGUAAUGGCUGCUGCUGCGUUAACCACGCACCCAGCCGCACAACUUCUCUCUGUUGUCGGCGCUACUUAUUUUGUUUUGCAUUAAUGCCCGUAGCAGCCGCCUUCCUGACCAGUAAUGUUAUAAAACGGCACAAAAACGGCAGCUGUUAUUAUGGUUUUUAACUUUUUAGUUAUUGCAGAGUGGAGUGGUGAUGGUGGUGUUGGUGGCUGGGACUGGCAGAAUGUUAGUGGGUUUUCUGAGUCUGCCGCCAACCUAUGAUCCAAAACAAAACCCACUUGUGCUUUCUUUGCUCUCUCAUGGUAGCGAGUCAAUAAAAUCAGAGGGUCAGUCAGACUUUGGUGUCUUAUCAAUCUUUGUCCUUUCUUUCUCCAGCUCUGGAUUGCACUCACAAACUCUGUACUGGACUUUGGGUAUGACAUUUUCUUGCUAAUGCUCUUGAAGGGCCAGUGACAGUUGGUGCUUGAUACUUGAUGCUCAAGGCCAGCCAUGCAAAUUCAACUUAUGAGAUCCGUAUUUUAAGGAGUAAGGUCUGUAUGAAUAGGAUAUUUUGCUAAACUUGCCUUUUAAGGAGAUUUAACCAGGUGGGCAUUACAAGGGAAUCAAGAUGGUUUGCAUUGCCUCGAAAAAGCUGGCAGGCUUGGAAUUUGGAAGAACAGUGGAGACUAAAGUGAAGAUAGAAGAAACAGUGCCGCUUAAUGCAGUGAGAGGACGUACGACUCAAGAUAGUCACAGAAGCAGUUGGCACCGCCUAAUGAGGGGGACUGCAAUCAUAAUUUUGUUUGUAAUCCUGGCAGGUUUAUUAACACUGCUCAAGGACCUGAGCAAUCCCCACCAUUUUUAUCUGUCAGAGGACACAAGGAUUUCCUACUUCCACAACUGGUUUGUCAAUGCAGUGAGCAAUAUCACCAUUGCCACACAUCUCAGGGAGCUCACAAGAAGCCAACAUGUUGCUGGGACGCCACAGGGCAUGCAAACUGCUGAGUAUGUACAAAAGUGUUUCCAACAGUACGGCCUUAAAGCUCAUUCAGUCGAUUACAAGGUCCUGCUUUCUUACCCAGUCUCUAGAUCUCUUUCAUUAUCCUCGCCCACAACAGGACUGCAACAGCAGCAGGAGUCCUUAUUAUUGCAGGAUACCCGCCAUCAAAAACUAAUGAUUGGGCCUUUUCAUGCUUAUUCCCCAUCUGGAACUGUUGUUGGUGAGGUGGUAUAUGUCAAUUAUGGACUUGAAGAGGAUUACAGAAGGCUUGCACAGAUGGGUUUGAAUGCAAGUGGAGCCAUUGUGAUUGCCAGAUAUGGCGAUGUCUACAGGGGAACUGUAGUCAGAAUUGCUGCUAAAUAUGGUGCAGUUGCUGUCCUUAUGUAUAGUGAUCCUCAGCAAUUCGGCGGUAAUGGAGCUCAAGACUCCUUCCCCAAGACCAAAUAUAUGCCCAGAGAUGGAGUUCAAUUUGGAACUGUAAGAGAAGGAAUGGGUGAUCCCUCUACCCCGGAAUCAGGCGUUGCAGACAGGUUUCCAAGCAUCCCUUCCAUGCCAAUCUCUGCAAACGAAGCUCAGCCUAUUCUCAUGUCACUUUCAGGACCAACAGUUCCUGCAGAUUGGCGAGGAUCUCUAAACUUUUGUGGGCUGGGAAGAGGCCCGGGGAUUCUCAAUUUCAGCUAUGUGGAGAAUCAAACAAUGUCUACAAUUCGAAACGUGUUUGCUGUAAUACAAGGCUAUGAAGAACCUGACAGAUUUGUUGUUCUUGGAAAUCAUCGAGAUGCUUGGACUUAUGGAGCAGUGGAUCCUAAUAGCGGUACAGCUGCUCUUUUGGAGAUUGCUUGGAAUUUUGGUGCACUGCUUCACAAAGGAUGGCAGCCAAGGAGAAGUAUUGUCAUUGGAAGUUGGGAUGCAGAAGAAUAUGGAAUGAUUGGAUCAACGGAGUGGGUUGAGCAGAAUUUAGGCAACUUGGGUGCAAAGGCAGUGGCUUACCUGAAUGUUGAUUGUGCUGUUCAAGGGCCUGGAUUCUUCGCAGCUGCUACGCCACAACUAGACGAUCUUCUCAUUCAAGUUACCAAACAGGUAAGGGACCCUGAUUCAAAGUAUAAUACAGUGUAUGAGUCAUGGGCUUCAAGAGGCACUACUAGAACAAAAGUGGAGAUUGGUAGAUUAGGAGGAGGUGGAUCUGAUUUUGUAGCAUUUUUACAGCAUGCUGGAGUGCCUUCAAUAGAUAUGUAUUUUGGUGAAUCUUAUCCAGUUUACCACACUAUUGAUGAUUGUUUUGAAUGGAUGAAAAAGUUUGGAGAUCCAUCUUUCCAUAGACAUGUUGCAGUUUCCACUAUAUGGGGACUUCUUGCCCUUCGUCUUGUUGAUGAUCAUAUUCUUCCCUUCAACUAUCUUGCCUAUGCGAAUGAGUUGCAGAGGUAUACAAAGGCAAUACAAGAGAAAAUAGAUGGUUCAAAGGGAAUAACUAUAGAACCAAUAACUUUAGCUAUAAAGAAGUUUGGUGAUGUUGCUACUAAUGCUACUCAAGAAGCAAAGAUCUUGAGGAAACAUAAAAAGGAAGAUGCCCAAUUAAUUCUAAGGAGAAGGGCUUUUAAUGAUCGCUUGAUGCUUACUGAGAGAUCAUUUUUGGAUUCACAAGGCCUCACAGGAAGGCCAUGGUUCAAGCAUUUGGUAUAUGCUCCUUCUCAAAAUAAUAAAUAUAGUUUUGAAUCAUUUCCUGGGGUCUUGGAUGCAAUGGAAAAUAGAGGAAAAUCAAAUGAGCAUGGUGAUAAAGAUGUGCAACAUGAGAUUAGGAGAGUUGCAAGAAGAAUCAUUCAAGCAACAAUGUCUUUGGAUGGAAAUUUAACUUAACCACAUUGUUUGAGUUAUAACAUGUAAAUAAUCACAUGUUAACAAUUUUGUAUUAUAUUUAUUAAAAAAUAAUCUAUAAGGUUAUUAUCAAAAAAUCUCUUAUAUUUUAUUC